AUGACCCCCGAGGAGUCCUUCGCUCUGGUCAAGGCCAACCUGGCCGAGGUCCUCAACCCCGAGAUCAUCGAGAAGGUUAUCCUACAAGAGAAGCGCCCCUUGAAGGUCUACUGGGGCACUGCCACCACCGGAAAGCCUCACUGCGGCUACUUCGUCCCCAUCGUCAAGAUUGCCGAGCUGCUUGAGGCCGGAUGCCACGUCAAGAUCCUCCUCGCCGACAUCCAUGCCUACCUCGACAACAUGAAGGCCCCGCUCGAGCUGGUCGAGCAGCGCUGCAAGUACUACGAGUUCAUAAUCAAGAGUCUGCUCAAGGCAGUCGGUGUCGACAUCUCCAGGCUCGAGUUCGUCAAGGGAAGCUCCUACCAACUGAACAAGGAGUACACAAUGGAUCGCUUCAAGCUUGAGGGUAUCACCAGGAUAUCUCAGGCGCAGAAGGCCGGCGCCGAGGUCGUCAAGCAGACAGACGACCCCGCUCUGGGCGGUCUCAUUUACCCCCUCAUGCAGGCGCUGGACGAGGAAUACCUCGACGUGGAUGUGCAGAUCGGUGGUGUUGAUCAACGGAAGAUCUUCACAUUCGCCCUGGAGAACCUGCCCAAGAUUGGCUACAAGGUCCGCGCACAUCUGAUGAACACCAUGGUUCCCGGUCUUGGCCAGGCACAGAAGAUGAGCUCCAGCGAGCCCGACUCCAAGAUUGAUCUUCUGGAUGCCCCCGAAGUGGUGGCGAAGAAGCUGAAGAAGGCACACUGCGCCCCCAAGGAGAUCGAAGGCAACGGUGUCGUCGCAUUCGUCGAGCACGUCAUUUUCCGCGUGCAAGCAAUCAAGUCUGGAGGCAAGCCCCAGUUUGUCGUCAAGAGAGAGCGCGAUGGUUUGGAGCCGUUGGUCUACCAGGACAUCGCAGUGAUGAAGUCCGACUUCGAGAAGGAUGUUUUGACCCCCCAGCUACUCAAGGCUGCCCUUAUUGAGGCACUUAACGAGCUGUUGGCCCCUAUCCGAGCUGAGUACGAGGCCUCGGAGGAAUGGCAAAAGACCACCGAGCUGGCUUACCCUGCCGAGGUCAAGGCUGCGAACCCGAAGAAGGAGAAGAAGGCAAAAGGAGGUGAUCCGGCACUACGUGCAAAGGCGGAGGCAGAGAGAGCCGCGAGGGCAGCGGCCCAGGCAGAAAAGAGUGCCCCCGCUGACGCUUCGCACGGCAUCGAGACACUAAAGAUCGAUGCGCAGACGAAGACAGUUCCCGAGUAA